UUCAAUCAACUCGACAGAAACAAGCGGGCAUGAAUCCCCACUUCAAUCCUCACCUCCACAACCCUAACAAUCAAAUUCAGCUCAAUGGAGCUAAUGCUCCAGCUCAACAUCAGGUUAUGAUGAACCAAGGUAAUCUAGGGCAAAUUAACCCUCAAUUUCGGCCGGGAAUGCUCAAUAAUGCUCAGCCGCCAAUGCCACCGUUUAAUAACCCAAAUCCCUUUUUCGGUCAAAACCAAUUUAUCCCCUUCCCACAGGGCGCUUUCCACAACCUAAAUGCGAACAAUUUGCCUCAGCCGUUCGCUCAGAAUGCCGUCAACCCUGCUCAGUUCAUGCCCAAUUGGCCGAUGAAUGUGCCGAAUUUAGUGCAGAAUGUCACGCAGCUUUUGCAAAUGCAAUUGAUGAAUGGUGCCCCUCAAAAUUUGGGUCUUUUCAUGAACGCUCAAGCGGCAGCAGGAAGUAACAAUCAGCCCGUUGGUGGGAAUAGUUUACCCGGUAUGAACCAUAAUAAUGCCCCAACCAAAGAUAUCGGUGCUCAUCACGCACAACGGAAUUGGGAUAUCUUUGCUCCUGGUGCUGCAAAUCCGCAGAGUGAUACUGGAGUAGUUAAUGAUGCAAAUGACAGAAAGAAUAACUGGAGAAAACCUCAUGAAAAGAACAUCACUGGGAACCACAAACAUAACGAAUCACAAAGAGGAUUUGGCAAUAAGCAAUUUCGUCCUCGCCAAAAUGCACAGGGGAACUUCAACUUCAAUAAUGAAAAUCGAGGAAAAGGUAACAAAAAUUUUGUAGGGAAGAACUUCAACUCAUCUGAGCAAACUCAAGUGGGAAAAAAGAGGCCUCUCAUGUUAAAUUAUACAGAACAAGAAAUUAAACAUUGGCGUGAAGAGCGCAAGAAAAACUACCCAUCACAAGCCAACGCGGAGAAGAAGUUGAAAAAGAAUCCAGAACAGCCUGAGGUCGAAGAUGAAGCCGCAAAGAUAAGACGGCAGCAACUGAAGGAAAUAUUGGCAAAACAAGCUGAAUUAGGCUGUGAAGUGGCAGAAAUACCAUCUUGUUACCUAUCAGAUCCCGAGCAACAGGCUGAUGGUAACAGACAAAAUAAUAAGCCAUUUGGGAAGAGAGACAGAUUUCAAAACAAGUUUGAUAAGAAGGGAAGAUUCCAGAAUGGUGGCCGCUUCUCCAAGAGACAAAGAUAUGAAAACGGUCAUUCCACAGAUUUGCAAAACCAAACUGGGAGCACGAGCAUGACCAACCCCACGCACAAGGAGAAUAAAAAGGAGCCAUCUCUGUUGAAGAAACUACUAAGCUCUGAGAUCAAGAAAGAUAAGAAACAUCUGCUGCAGGUUUUCAGGUUCAUGGUGGUGAAUAACUUCUUCGAGAAUUGGCCCGAAAAACCUCUGGAAUUCCCCAAAGUUAUUGUCAAAGAAUCUGGCGAUGAAAGCGAGAUUUUGAAACUGGAGACGGACAUGCUUGAAGAUGGUGAAUUUGUAGCUGAAACCACCAUAACAAGUUGAAGAAAUCCUUGGCUCAAAAUUUUCAGCUUUUAUACAUUUUGCCAGUGUUUUUAUAAUGUGUAUAUAAUCAGGUGCCAUGAAUUGAUGUUUGGAUUGUCCUUUGUAUUGUAAAUUUCCAUAUUAUGCUUUAAAAUUUUGAUUAAAAAUCUGUUCCAGUUUUGGAGAAUGUCAAAUGGCGUUGUUCACUUUUUACAUUGUAAAAUUGUGAUUUUACCCCUUUAUAAAAUUAGAGAAAAUACUUCUCUUCUAUUCA